UAUCCCGAAAUAACCGAUCCGGCGUCGCCUUCGCCGGGAGGAGAACGAGGAAGGGGGCUCUGCUCUUUCCCCCGGCGGGAGCUGGGGGUCGCAGGUGGGGGCAAGCAGUGGCUGAAGGUGAAAUCCUCGCCCGCCGGCACCAUGGAGCUGUUCGGGAGCUUUGUCCGGCCCCACGGGGAGACCUUGGGGUUCCCAGCAGCUCGCCCCGGUAACACGGGCGUGGUGAAGACCCUGGGGAACACCUAUCAGUUCACGGUGGACGUCAGCGACUUCGCACCCGAGGACAUCAUCGUCACCACCUCCAACAACCAGAUCGAGGUGCAUGCCGAGAAGUUGGCCACGGAUGGCACCGUCAUGAACACCUUCACCCACAAGUGCCAGCUGCCCGAAGACGUGGACCCCACGUCCGUGUCAUCCUCGCUGGGGGACAACGGGAUGUUGACCAUCCGGGCUCAGCGCCGGCCGGCCAAACACUCCGAGCACGUCCAGCAAACCUUCCGGACUGAGAUCAAGAUCUGAGGGGUCGGGGGGCUCCUUUCCCCCCCCUCUCUUUUCCCUCCCUUGCUACUUAAAUGGGUGAUUUGGGAAGGAGGUGGGAUGUGGGGUAGGGAAUGGGAAGGCUCCCUCCAGAGUGGGUCAGACCUGUGCUGAACGUCACCCACCGGAGAAACUCCGGAGGGGAAUCCCAGCUCCGGCGAUUUUUAGCUGGCGCGUGUGGAGGGGGGAGAUCCAGCGUGCCAAGAAUCCUGCCGGGAGCCAGGUUCCCUUCCCAGCCCUCUGCCAGAGCUUGUCUUUGUAUAUAGAGCUUGGGAUAAAUUAUUGAGAAUGUC